AGCAGGAGGCGCAGGAUGCGCGAGCAGGGCGAGGCUCCACCUGGCGCCGCGCACCUGCCGCCGCGCCCCGGGGUGAGCGGGGACAGCAGGAGCAACGGGGGAAACGGGGCCGGCGGCAGCGCGGCCGCCCCAGAGGCCAUCACAAUGGCUGACAAACCAGCAAAACCAACAAACUCCCCGGAGGGUGCUGCGGCAGGAGAACUAAGUGCUCUGGAAGAAGCCUUUAGAAAAUUUGCUGUGCAUGGUGAUACAAGAGCCACGGGAAAAGAAAUGCAUGGGAAGAACUGGUCAAAGCUAUGUAAGGACUGCCAGAUCAUAGAUGGGAAGAACGUGACAACCACUGAUGUUGAUAUUGUCUUCAGCAAAAUCAAGGGAAAGGCUGUAAGAACUAUUACUUUUGAGCAGUUUAAGGAAGCUCUUCAAGAACUCUCCAAGAAGCGGUUUAAAGGCAAAAGUGAUGAGGAAGCACUUCAAGAAAUGUAUAAACUAAUUGAAGGAAAAGGCCCAGGUUUAACUGGAGUAACGAAAACUGUUGCAUCUCCAACUGUUUCACGCCUUACAGAUACUUCAAAAUUCACCGGUUCUCACAAAGAGAGGUUUGAUGCCAGUGGGAAAGGAAAAGGCAGAGCUGGCCGAGAAGAUCUGGUGGAUAACUCAGGAUAUGUAUCUGGUUAUAAGCAUGCAGGCACAUACGAUCAUAAAGUACAAGGAAACAAGUAAGGCUGAGGGUUUACAGCACAGAGGGGGAUAGAGUAUAUAUUUGUAAGGAUGUUGUUAUGAAUCCCACAUGUUUCGGUUAUUGUGAAUGUUGAGACUAUGUUGUCAAGAAGUUGUCUUCAGGAACUGGAACUGAUUUCAACAUCUGCUGAGCUACUUGCAGCACAAUGCCACUUCAUUACAUUCCUCAUACAUAUAUUGGCAAAAAUAAAUAAAUAUGUAGAUAUAAAAAAUACAUCAUUUUGUUUAGCCUUAGGAAAAAAAAACCCAAACCAACAAACAACAAAACCAACGUCAAGAGCAGUUAUACCACACUUCAUCAAUUCAAGCAAUAUAUCUCAAACAUUCCUAGAUGUUCAGUUGCCCUGAUGAUGUCAAAGAGAACCUCUUGAAAAGAGGAUCUUUUGUAGCAGUCUUUCUGAAGACUAUCCCAUUACUUACGCAGUUUCAUUUGACUACUGUUUUAGGGUUUUUUUAAAAUGUCUUAUACGGGAUCUAGCACUUUUCUUAAAACAUUCAACAAUAUACUAUUGGGAAAUAAGUGGUAGUAAUAUACUAGGUUCUAGCCUGUCAUUGUCAUAUACCAACCAUGGAAAAACUGAAAAAAAAAAGCUAUUUCUAGGACAAUAUAGGCUCUGAAGUAUUUUAUGUCAACAGAAAGAGUCGGAAAAUACCAGCCCUUACUUUCCUUAUGUCUAUAGUUUGUGCUUGUUCACGUGUGUACUGUAGCAUGGUUCUGACUGGCUGGAUUUGGAUGGAGCUAUUGUACUAACCUGAAAGGUGAGGAACAAAACAUUACUAAGAAAGUCUAGUUAAGGAUUUUCACAGUCUGUUUUCAAGUUUGCACUGCCUCACAUUGGAAGUGAAGGGGGCAUUAAGCUAAUAAUGCUUUAAAAUAUUGUCUAUGACUAAACACUGCCAAUCAGAUUGCUAUUAAAUGAAUGUAAUUUUGCACAUAUGUUGUCACAUAGUCCCUUCAAGCUCUAACUAUGUAAAAAAAGCUUAUGACCACUUGGAGUAAGGACAUUUACAAUUAAUAUAUAUAUAAUUAGGUGCAAUUUACCCACAAAGAAGCCCCAAACCGUUAUAACUGGGCUACAUUUUAGGAUAGAUUCAUUUGAAGCCAAGGGAUUUGAUUCCCUGUUUGCUCUUGCUGCCAAACUUGGGAGAAUUAGUAUUGCUGGGAAUGGCUUUCCAAUGUUACCAGGAGAACCAGUCCCACAGGUUUAAGGUACAAGCAGCUGAGUGUGACCUAGCUAGGGUCCAGAAUGACAAAAGAAAUUAAUUGGAAUAAAAAGAACAUCUUUUUAAAAUACUGAUUGAAAAGGAGAGAAAAGGCCAUUCUGAUUUUCUGCAAGAGCUGAACAAGUACCUUGAUGUAUUACUCUGAUUCGCUAAAGUUAGGAGAGAUAGGGUGUUCGCUAUUCAAAACCAACUCUUUGCAGUUCUGCCUUGUUUUCUUUCAAAAAGAACUUGUGCACUGAUUUUCAUGUCCAAGCUUGAAUAAAGGUUAAUAGAUGUAUUGCUCUCCCUCCACCCAUAUCAGUAUCCGACUCAGAGUACAUAAACAUAGGUGAGCAGUGUGUGCUGUCAUGUACCAUGCAGGUGAGCAGUCUGUUAUUUGACCAGUGUAUGGAAAGGGAGCACUGGUUUUCAGCCCUUAAACUGUUCAUGUUUUGCUCUGCUGACAUUGUGUGGUAGCCUGUCUUGUGACUUCGCCCUCAGUGACCCUUUGAGCCCAUAUAUCAGCCAAAAACCAAAACAACAAUAGCGAACAAAAGGCAAGGCCUUCCUUCCAGACUUGGACUUUUGUUUGUUUAUAAUUUAUUUUGAUGUUUGUUUGUAAGUGGGAGAGAUGUUUGCCAAAACACAGCACAUGCUCUUGUAUAGAUUUAAAUGGAUUUUUCCACAGAUAGCUUUGGUUACCUGAGGAGAUUUUAGAUGUGUGUAAAGAUGCUCAGGAUGCAAAGUGUUCAGCUUUAUGAACCCUUUCCAAAGUUACCCAGUGUUCUUUAAGAGUGAAAAGUUAUCCACUCCUAUGUUGUACUGGGGACCUGUUACACUCCAAAGCAGAAAAUAGGAUACUCAAUACCAAUAGUGGCUAAAUUAUUCUGGCACGGUAGUAAACCUUCUAAAUGUAAAGAACCUUCUUCAUCACUGGUGCCUGUGUACCUGAAGACGGCUCCAGGGUAGUCCUGUUUUUUUUAAUGAUUGAAAAGGCUGAACCUACAGCCCUUGAUGAACCCUUCAGCUGAGAUACAGGCAAAAUCAGUAUCCCUGUUUUUCCUUUUGACUUCAAGACUUGACUAAUAACUCAGUGUUAAGUGAAAAGUUCUGGACUUAGCCUCACUAAAGGGUGAAGUCCAGCCUACUACAGAGUCCAAGAGCACACUGUUGACCUGGGAGUUUGUUUGUUGCUAGCUAUCUGCCUUGGCUGGCACAUCGGGUGACACUUUGCUUUUAGGUACUCAAAGGACAGGCUUUCUCUGUACCCAAAUACAGAGUGUGUGUAAUGCCAGAAUGUUUCCAUACAUUUCCAUACACUCUGGAGGAGUGAUUGAUUAGGAAGAUUUUAAGAUAUAAUUAAGUUUUAAAUUGUUAGUUCAAAGUGAGAAAGAUCAGAACACUCAUAAGAUAGAAGGCAUGCAAGGGAAUUGAGAGUGUGGACAGAUCCAAGCUAACGUGUCUAGAAAUUGAGUUAUAAGAGGCUGAUGGAACGAGUUGAGGUUCUGCCAGAGUUUACUUUGCAUUGCUUGUGCAGUAUAAACUCCCUGCCAUGAACCAAAGCACUUUAUUUGGACCUGAUGGAAACUUUGAAAUUCUUUCAGUGGCAUAGUAAGCUUGGGAUCAGAACCUGAGAAGAUGGUUCAGAUAGCAGUAUUUUGUUUUGAGAAACACACUUCUUUUUUCUUCUUUGUUUCUACAGUCUGAUAGUUUUGAACCUCAAAGUGAUACAUAAAAAGAAGUCAUUCUGAUGUGACAGUUACAAAGGAAAGUUGUUGCUGGGAGGAUAGUACUUAGUCAAGGUUUUUCUCUUUUACUAUGCUUGGUGUGAAAGAUGAUGGCUAUGAAUAAAAGCAUCUUAUGCAGCUGUUUAUUAGGGGUUCACUACCUACUUAAGCUCUUACUAUUCCACUAAUAUUGGUAGGAAAUUAAAAGCCUAAGUACUUGCUUCAUUAUUAGCUCUUAAGUUCCAGGCCUGCUUGGGAAUGAGGCAAAGUACAUUUUCUUACUCAUCUGCUAUUCCCUCAACUCUCAGGACAGUAAGUACAGCUUAUACCUCAAAGAUGACAGGAAAGGGUAGCUGAGGAGGUGCCCCAUUUUCUACCCUUAGUGUUGUAAAGCAUAUUGUCUUCUGAUGCACCAUGCUGCAGACUGUAACUAAAUGUCAUGACUGAAGUGAGGACAUGGGAAUCUAAUAAGGUUUACUGUCCUCUCUUUUUUGGGGGGCAUCUCAAUUCAUUCCAUCUAAAUUUCCAGCUUGAUUUUCAGCAUCUUCCACUACGUAGCACUGUCUUAUGUGGCAUCUAUAAAAUCCUGUUGUUCCUAGUUAUCUUUGCUUUCAUUACUACAGUAGAUGCUACCAAAAGAAAUGUGAUCAGAAAGUUUAGGUAUCUUUUAGAAAUAACUGCCUUAAAGAACAAACUCAAAUUUUAUUUAAAUACUGUGACAGUACACAAUCCUUACCUGUAUGUCUACUGAAGCUUAACCUGACCAUCAAAACCUUUACAAGACCGAGGACAAGAAAUGAAAAUCCUUACUUAGGCAAAUGAAUAGUCAUUACAAAUAAUUUUCUAAAAAUAACAUAGUUUUAAAGUAAAAUAUACAGCAGUAAAAAGGGAAUUUCUUAUUAGUGCUUGCUUACUAAUUCCAUUUAGUUACUCCAUGAGCUUUAGUUGAGUUUUACAACCAUCAGUAUGGAAAUACCAAAACCAAAAAUUAUUGUCCUGCUCUUUGUGGUUAUCAGAGCUAUCACAAUAGCAUUACUGAGAAGCAGACAUUAAAAAACACAGUUUCAUGAGUCCUAUAUGAACAGUUGUAAUUAAUUGUAAUUAAAUAUUUAGAAUCCCAAGUAAAUGUUGGCUAUUAUACUAUAGCCAAAAUUUAGCCCCUAUUUCUUUAAACCUAUAAUACAUCUUACCUCCUGUUCAUCUAGAGAAGGGAAGGAGACAUUUCAAAACUACUCACUUGUCACAGCUUGUGUUUUUCAUCAGCACAGAGAUUGUCUUCCAAAGAUGUUUUGAAUUGAAGUAUGUAUUUUACUGACCUUAUCUAAAUUAAAAAUUCUGACAAAUAAGAAAGUCUGACAGUUGUUUAGCAUUAAUACAAAGCUUUGUUCACAAAUUACCAUUUCAGUCAUCUGUAUUUUCCCUCUCUUGGCUCAAUUAAUAUUUUUUAUGGUAGUUGGAAUUAGGCAGAACAAAAAGGCAAAUGACUACUAUGGGUUUGACUUGCAAGUGAUAGGUAUCCCAGCCAUCUGUAACCAUCUGUAGAGAAAAUCCUCAUGUAUAUUCCUCCAAAACCAAAACUUUAAACUUGUAAUUGAUGGAUUUUUUUCUUAAGGCUUUUCAUAGUUGUGAAAUUAAUUUUAAUUCUUUGUGCCUGCAUGUAUGAUAGUCAAAACAUAACCCUGCCUUCAGGGAUGCAUGUAUUCUGAGGGCACGUGCCUGUCAUCUGUGAAUAAGAAUUCUCUGUUUGCACUGACCAAGAGCAAACCUUUUACCUUCAUGAUAGAGCAGAUGUAACACUGCACUGGUAUGUGUCCUCUUAACUGUCAACCUUGCGUGUGUGCCAAAAUAACUACACCUUUGUGUACAUUGUUUGUAGUGUGAAUAUUAUGUUUUUGGCUUGUUGCGUAGUUGGUAUUAAGUAAUGUAAUGCACAAGACUUGUGUAGGUUUGUGUGUAUGUACACAUGCUCUUUGGAUCCAGCUUAAGUAAUUAAACUGUAUAAAAGUUGAUGAAAAACUUAAAUUUUAUUAGGGCCAGGCUCUAGUCCUGCAGCUGAUGCUGUUCAGCUUGGCUGGUUGAGGACAUUGUCAUUCUCCCUUCAUAGCAUGAAGGUAAAGAUCUAAGGAAGCAUUUAUGGUUUUACCUGUCUACCCUGUUCUGAGAGAAAUCACUCUUCAGCAAUUCUAACAUAAACUUAGUGUGACAAGAGGACUUUCUCCAUGGAGAGGAAGUAGGAGAGUUAGGGUGAAAGCAAGCUUUCCUCUGGAUGCUCUUAAGAAACCAUUUUAAACUAUGCUCUGCAUGGGCCCUGUAUUUUCCUUUGCCCCAGCUUUGUGAAGCAAGUUGACACACAGUUGUUCAUCCAUUAGUAGUAUAAAGCUGUGGUAGAGUGAGAUGGGAACAGGAAACAGGAGUGUUAUACAUUGCCUAGGGACUCAAGUCUUGCUUGCACCUUUAUACAAAUAAAUACCAGAAGCAUAAUGACAGCUCUUAAACUUGGGUGAGAUUCUUAAAAUCUGGAUUACCUCAAAUUAAUACAUGUGUACCUCCUGUAUUUGGAGUGUUUGCCUAUAAAAUAUCAUUUAACAUUCAGUUGCUUAUUUUGUGCAAUCCCAAAGUGCCCAUUUGGCUUACUUAAUAUAAGCUGGAAAUUAUGGUCAGGGCUGUUCUUUUAAGUCUUCAGAAUCCUAGAACUACUAAGAAACCUGUAGUUGCAUUUGUGCUUGCUCACUAAACUCAAAACUAAUGCUUUGAAUGAUGUCCCAUCUAAGAAUAAUUCUUCUGGAAGUAAAAGAAUACUGCAGAUAGAACCUCCACGUCUUAAUUGUCAAAGUAAUUUAUUUUUGCAGGGAGAAAUAUCUGUUAAUAUAUUCGGGUUUUUUUUUCAUGUUUUUCAGUAUAUUAACCUUGGUAUAUUGUUUCCAAAACCCUAUGGAGAAGGUGGAUUUGAAAACAAGUUUAAGAUACAACUUAAGAUACAUUUUAAUUGGCUUAUUUAAUUCAAGCUAAUUGAUCAUUCACUCAAGGUAGACUUUGGCAAGAGUAAUUCUGAAGGGGGAAAAGGGGGAAAAAUCCAGCCUCUUGUCUGAGCAUUCUUGACAGACAUUUGCAGUUCUGGUAGUCUGAAACAAUUUUGUAAAAAAGAAGUUAUCUUCUGUAUUCAUGAACAUGCGUGCAUGCAUGCACACAGGCACUACUUGAGGGCAUGGAUAUACAUGAGGGCAAAACUACAGAAGAGACUUGUUUUCUCUUUAAACCUUGCAUUUAGAAAUUGGCAUUGAAAUGCCCAACUGACUAACAUGAUUUGGAAAAGUGAUAAGCUACUAUCGUUCCAUUGCAGCUAAAUAGCCAAUGAGUUAAUUUUCAAAUACAGUUAUACAGCAUCUCUUUUUUGUGAGUUACUGUAAAGCUUAUGGCACUGAACAAAGCGAGUUUUGAUGUAAACAUUUGGAAGGGUCUCAAAGAUAAUGCGCAUGAUAAUUUGCCCUUACCUCCAGUUAUCUUUAUGCAAGAUUUUUCUACUGCUUUGCACAUAUUUCAGAAAACAUCAGAAACAUUGUUAGACUCAACCAAAUUAAAAAUAUGGCCCUAAAAGUACACUCAGUUCAUCCAUCUUUGCAUUUUGAUCAGGAGCUACAUUUGGAGAUGAACCACAAAAUAAGGAAAAAAGAUGGCAGUCUGAAUCCCCACAGUGGUGAAUUAUUUGAAGUUCCAGUUUACAUCAGAUGAGUUUCUGUAUGCUUGCAUUUACUGAAAUACUACUUUUAAACAAAAUAAUUAAAUAAUGUGAAAUAAUGCAGCCUGGGCUCUGUUAAACAGGAUUAUAUUAAUGCAACUGAAAUGCUGUGUAUGUCUGUAAUAUUCAAGCUAAAUAUGUACUAGAUCUUUACAAAGGCUUUGUGUAAAGUUAGUUAACCUACAAACUGAUGUCCUGUAUAAAAUUGUGUUGGCAAACUACUUUUGUUAGCACUGUAGUGUAUGAAAAGGUAAGAUUAUAGACAAAAAUAAGUUAUAGGGUGCCAAAAAGUGUGUUUGUUUUUAAUCUUUGUGCUGGGUUCAGAAUAUAUCAGCUUUGGCAAAUUCUUGCAGCAGGGAAAUUUUUUUGUACAAUGCUUAUAAUAGAAAGUAAUUUGUCUUUACAUUCUUUAAAGCAGAGAAAUGGUCAAUGUUGGAUAAGUAUAUUGAAAUUUAUUCUUAGCAAGGUGUUAUGUUUCACAGAUUUAAAUAUUAGAGGAGAAAUAUAUAUUUAUACAGAAGUAUAAUUUUUGAAUGAGAUUGAUUUUUUUUUUCAGUUGUGAACCAUUUAUUUAUCCACAUCAUGCUUUAUUCCUUUGCUAGCUUGUUUAUCAGUGCAUGCUGUUCCAACAUUCAUUUCUAAUUCGAUUUAGAUGUUUUGAUUCUUCGUUUGCACAAAUCUGGAUGUGCAUGCUGUCAGGACCUGAUCAUAAAGGGUGGAGGCAAAACUGUUUUGUCUUUGAUUACCUAGAGCACUAAUUAAAAUUUAAUCAUUAAACAGUUGGGAUAUGGAGAUAGGUCUUGACAUAGUCUUCCUUGGAGCACUGUACACUAUGGAAAAAACCUUCAGUGAAGCUUACUAGUUUUUGUUCCUAUUUUCAUUUGUCUUUCAUCAACCAGGAAGCUGCUGUGUGCUAAUAAUUACCUGCAAUAUUUCUAAUUGCAGGCAUUGCAAACAUUAACAUGCAGCUGUACUAGCCUACUGUGUUCACUGUGAAAUUUUCAACACGGUAAAAAUUUUUACAUGAUCAUUUAACCUUACAAGUUUACUUUUUCUCACUAAUUUAACACUGCAUCUUCUUUUCAUUACAGCGAAAGAACAACUUGAGCAUAGCAUUUCUUAAUCUUAACUAUAGUAGAUAAACAUGUCCUAAGCAAAGAUUUUUAACCACUUGAUGAAGGGGGCCAGCCACCAUCCAGUGCAAAGCACACUGGGCAAAAUCUUAUCCCCACUGCAACCAGUUCCAAAAUUCUAGCUGGUGUUAGCAAAAAAAGAACCACCAUUACCAAGGGGUUAAUAAGCUUAGUAACCAUGACAAGAGGUUAUGGGGGAGCACAACAGUGAUUCUCUGUUUCCAUGUCUUUGUUUCUGUUAAUUUAAAACUACUACUCUUCAAUCUUUAAAAUAAGUAAAAGAAACUUGAAGGGGGGAAUCAUAUACUACUAGUUUGUACUAGGUUUUUUCAGGAAAAGGAAACAAAUUUAUAUAUAUAUAUAUAUGCAAUAUAUUUUUACACUGUUUAUUAAUGCUAGAAAGUAUUAAAUGUAUCACUUUAUCUGUGUGAAUGUUAAAGUAAUGACAAUGUUAUGGAUGUUUUAAACCUUUUGAAGUCGUCUUGUUAAAUUCUAAACCCACAUUAACAAUGGAAAAGCUACUUUGUCUGCAACAUGAUUGUUGAUGUUUUAGGGAAAAAGUUCAAGUACAGCAGUUGUUUUAAUUAGCACUGUAAAAGCUUGGCUUGAAAAGUUAUAGUGAAAUCCAUAUUUUAAACACCAUUUUGUUAAUCAUAGCUUCUCAUAAAGUACGUUACUGCUGUUGACUGACUGUAUAAAAUUGUAUUUUUAGUUGGUAAAGUGAUCAAUAAAUGUGUUACUACAUAA